AGCGAGCGCCGCGCCGCGCCGGGCUGCGAGAGAUGCUGCUCCUGGCUGGGGCGGGAGUCCGUGAGCCUGGCCUAAGGCUGUGGCUGCGCAGCGCCGGGAGGCGUCAGGCGCCCUUGCUUCCGGCGAAACAGGCGGCGGCAGCAGCAGCAGCAGCAACACCUGCCGCGGAGCCGAGCCCGCCAUCGCCUUCCCGUUGCAGGCCGCGGCCGCGAGUAUGUUGGCCUGAAGCCUCCAGGUCCCUCUCUCGGACGGCGGGACACAAGCAGGUUCCAUUUCCCCAUGUGGAGUCUCUUUGCUACUUCAGCACAUCAGCCCUCCAUGAAAAUUCUGAAUACGGCAGAUUAAUCUAUCAUGGAAAUUUGGCAAAAGCAGUGUUAGGAGUGAAGUUUUUCUCCUACUCGACCAGCAUGUUUAGCUUUUGCAUGAUGCCGAUCAUCAUCUUCAAAACCGGCAUAGGCGUUGACAACCUUCCCUUGCAAAUUGCCUUUUACAGUGUUGUAGGAUUCUUUACAUUCAUAACACCAAUUACCCUGCAUUUAAUUACCAAAGGCUACGUCAUCCGGCUGUACCAUAAGGCCGAAACGGACACCUAUACAGCCGUUACGUACAAUGCUAUUUUGGCAGAAAAGAAAACUGUGUUCCACCAACAGGAUGUGAAGAUUCCAGACAUCAGCAAGAUGUUCACAACAUUCUAUGCUAAAAGCAAAUCGCUGCUGGUUAAUCCAAUGCUUUUUCAGUAUCCACAAGACUAUAGCCAUCUUAUGGGGUAUGACAAGCCCUUUACAUUUGACUUGGAAGAACCGAAACAAUCUACUGAAGACAAAUAGAAUUCUAAAAUGUUAGAUGUUUUUGUAUACUAUAUUUGUGUAUGUGCAGGCUAUUCAGAAUUAUUUCACAGAUUCUAGGUUACAAAAUCCCAAAGCGUGUUUUUCUUCAUUAAAAAUAUCAUUCUUUCAUGGCCAAGUGGGGACUAGAACCUGGAUUUCUCAAGUCCCAGUCCAACUCUUAACCAGUACACUACAUUGGCUCUUUGGGGUUUUUUUGCUCAAUAUCUGUGUGAGGCCUUAGUUAGACCUAAGGUUUAUCCCGGGAUUGUCCCUGUUAAUGUAAAUGACACACAGGGGAUCCCAGGAGCAGGCAGGGACGACCCUGGGAUAAACCUUAGGUCUAGCUAAGUCCUGAAUGUUCGCGCAUGCAUGCAGACACACACGCCUCCCUGCCAACUGAGGAUAACACUUCAUGUAUAUGAUCAAGUGGUCUGUAGUCCAUUGAAACUUAUACCAUAAUGUGUUCGUUUUCAAGGGUCCACAAAUCUCUUUGUUUUUGCUGCUCCAGCUUAACAUGGCUACCUCUCUGCACACUUAAGAACAUGGCUGUCUCUCAAGUAUCAAAGACCUCUUGAUGACAUUACAGUGGACAAAUUGGAUGAAUAUUUUGAGAUCCUAAAAAUAAAAUCUAAAAUUUAAGCAACUCUUA